AUGGCCCCCGUUCCCAAGAUGCCGGAUGCGCUUCUCGAGGCCGGCCGCUACGUCGACGUCUUGACCAGCGACGAGGCCAAAUAUCACAUCCGCGCCUUUGUUGCUGCUAUGGCGCAUGAUGGCGGCGUUAGCGCUGGAGUAGGAGAUGGAAAUGGUCCUUUGCGGCCAGAUGACGCCAGUCUUCACUCCCAUACGGCGGCAGUGGCAUUGGCUGCCUUCAACGCCUUUCUGCAAACCAACGUCACUGGUCCUGUGCUCAGCGAUGUGCAGUCGGUUGAAGACAUCUUCUCUGCUGCUGCAACGUCACGGUUUGAGGAGUCUGCUCCCAAGAGCGCAUUGAUGCAGCUGCGCAAGCGCUGUUUCGCGUCACUUGAUGUAGACGGGGUGUCCGUGUACCCGUAUAUUCCCAACAUUGAACUAUUCUGCCUCGCGAAAUGGGCCGCUUCUUCUAUAUCUGAGGAAAGCUGGCAAAUCCAACUCGAAAAGGAUGGUGAGACUUUACGUGUGGGCCUUCACUGGAUGAGACUCCGAGUUCAUGUUUGGCACUACAAGUUGCUGACGCAGCCUACCCUCGGCCCUGGCUCUCUGUUCAAUAGAAGUGCACAAUGGAGUGAUGUCCCGACCCUCCAAGAGAUGGUUGAAAAGUCUCUGGACGAGGUCGAGACCAAGCUUUUCAAGAGUGCCUCAGGGGCAGAGGGAACGAAGCAAGACAAGGUGGAAUUUCUGGUCGAAAAGGCCAACAUCUGCAUAAUGCUUGGCUUCGACACUAAGGCUAAGGAGGCUCUGAGCCAAGCUGCUGAAGCUAAUACGUUCCAGUAUGCCCUUUCAGGAGCGCUGGGGAAAAGAACACGGUACCAGGAAAAAAGCACAAGUCAGCUGAUUGUGCUGGCAAAAAGUGCCACUGGAGAUGCUGUUACUCAGGGAAAUGUGCACAAAGAUUUAGAAAUUACGCCAGAUGCGCUGCCACUAAACGACGAUACGCUCCUAGAGAAGAUCGACUAUCAGGACGCGGAAGGCAAGAAUGGAGAGACAGCAGGAACGGGCGUCAACCUCCCUGCGGCGCUGAAGGAUCUGCCUCCUGAUGACCAGCCACAGUUGUCACCGCUGGACCAGAUCAUUCUCCUCACAGAGGCUACCUUAAAGGAUGCAUUCUCACCUGUGGACACACUUACUUCAGAGGAAAUCCUGCCCUACGCCGCACGCGUCCUAUCUGACAAGUCGACCAACUGGCAGAUAUAUACCCAGGCUCUAUUAGUGCGUUCACGGAUCGAAGUUCACCGAAGCAGGACUGUCGAGAGAGGUGUGCUGCAGAUGCAGGCCGUCGUCGAUCAAGUCUUAGUCGACGCCGCGAAUGAUGGAAGGGAUAGUCAGUUGGAAGACACUGAUGAAGCGCCUCAGUCUGCCACUGCGGUACCGAAAAUCGAGGUCAGCGGUCCUGGAGGCGCUGCUCUUGCCCCCAACGCCAAACCCACUUCAUUUCUUCGCGCUACCACGUCCUCUGAUUCCGCACCUCCUCAGACUCGUCUACGAUAUCUUCAUGUACUUUCUUCCCCCCCUCGGUGGCACCUCGAGUCAGAGCUCGCGUAUGCCUGGGCCGGGGUCGGUUCUCUCGUAUCAGCUCUCGAAAUUUUCAAGAGGCUUCGUAUGUGGGCUGAGGUAGCACUGUGCCUUGCUAGUAGUGCUGCUACAGACGAUGAAGGCGGUCGUGGUAGCGGCGGUGAGGCAAAAGCCAGGGCUGUUUUGCGGUGGCGUUUGUUUCAACGGAUCUCUUCCACCAGUGAUGACGCCUCAUCUCAAAAUGAUAACGACAGCGAUCUCGAGUCUCAGGCUGUAGACAUAUCACAGCUCAAAGCGGACGACUAUACCGGUGGAGAACGCUCUCCAGCUCCACCAAACGCACCUCGCCUUUUCUGUAUCCUGGGGGACAUCGAAGCGAACGCAGAUCAUUACGAGCGUGCAUGGGUGCUCUCCGGGUUCCGCUUUGCCCGUGCACAGAAGUCUCUCGGCGAGCAUUAUCUCCAGCAAAGAAACUGGCAGAAGGCGCGAGAAGCAUACAAGAAAGCUGUUGCUGUCAAUCGGCUUAGCCCUGAGAUGUGGAGCCGACUUGGCGACAUUAGUCUUCGCUUAGGCGAGUUUUCAGAAGCGGCCGAGGCUUUUGGACGAGCGAUAGCAUCUGCUGGGGAUGUGAUUGGCGGCGAAGACGCGAGAACAUGGAGCAAUCUUGGCAGUUCGCUCUAUAGUCUGUAUUGUGAGGCGAUAGAUGAACUGAAAAACAAGAAAGAUGCAGGUGACGCAGGUAGUGAGACACUGACCAAAGAUGCAGACGUCGAAGACGACACGGGGGCAACUACAAAAGAUGAAAACACGUCUUUGAAGCGUGAUCCUGCAACGUUACUUUCUCAAUCCCUCAACGCGUAUAAACGCGGCGCGACUAUUGCUCAUGAUAAUUGGCGCAUAUGGGACAAUGUCCUCACGCUGGCUACAAGAGUUCGUCCUAUUGCGGUGAUUGAAAUUAUCCAGGCGCUACGCCACAUUGUCCGCGUUCGACAAUCCGAGGAUGCCCUUGACGACGAAAUUUUGAGGUUGCUGCUCAACGAGGUUGUACUUUCGCAAUCAAAGACAGGAGAUGAGUCCAACGGCAUUUAUGAACCACCUCGGGGAUCUCAAGAAAGAGCCGUGAAUGAUCUUCUAGAGCAGCAGGUAGUACCACUCAUUACAACCCGCUCCGAACUUUGGGAGCUGCUCAGUCGCCUGCGUGUCUGGCGGCGCGAUUAUGCAGGUGCUGUGGAGGCCUCGGAGAAAGCCUGGCGAGCUGCUGUUGGCGGAGCGUCAACCGGCUCAUUGGGUUCGACUUUGGCAGCAACUACAAACGAUGCCAGCAGAAACUGGCUUGAGAAUCAGGAUGCCUGGGAGGUUGUUGUAAAACGCACAGAUGAGUUGGUGUCUGUUUUAGAAAAUUGGGGCCCAGAAGCCGAUGGCAUUGGAGCGAAGUGGAAGAGCAAAGCAAGAAGCGCCAUCAGAAGUGUCAUGGGGAAAGGCAAGGAAAGUUGGGAGGGCACACCAGAGUGGAAUUCGUUGAAGGAUUUACUAGAAGGACUGAGGUGA